AUGGACGCCGAUUCGUGGAGCGCUCGUCUCUCUUCUGCUUCAAAGCGAUAUCAAUCGGCUCUUCAAUCUCGAUCUAAUAUGUUAAUGGCGUUUGAAGAACUUGAUGCAGAUGACGAUAUAAGGGAAGAGUUUCCAUGCCCAUUCUGUUCCGAGUACUUUGAUAUCGUUGGAUUAUGUUGUCAUAUCGAUGACGAGCAUCCCAUAGAGGCGAAGAAUGGGGAAUGUCCAGUUUGCGCAGUGAGGGUGGGGGUCGACAUGGUUGCCCAUAUAACACUGCAUCAUGGAAAUAUUUUCAAGAUAUCCUUUCUACGCGGAAGAGGAAAUCCCGAAAAGGUGGGUCCAAUUCAACACUAUCGUUCUGACCCAUUAUUGUCAUCAUUUAUUUUGCCUAUGUCUGAUGAUUUUGUGAGUGCCCAAUCUCAGUCUUCAGCUGAUGCAAUCUCUGUGAAGAAAAGCAUGAAUGAGUCUAUUUCAGAAAGAUACUGCAGAAAGAAGCAACUUCACAGACCCACCUUAACAACCAUAAAUGCUCAUAAUGAUGCCGCCUGUUGUACCUUGUGA